AAGGUUGUACCAUCACUCCUAUUCCGCACUGAAACUUCGAAUAUGCGCGCGAAAGCGCCGAUGGGCGAGGAUGGAGCGGACGCGGCGCCGCAAUUCAACCUCAAGGAGCAGCUUGUAUGGGCUGAGAAGGCUCCCAUGAACACGUUGCAGCAGUGUCUCAAUUCCCACGUCAUCGGAGCAUAUCUCGACAGUCGCGCGGCCAGGAAGCAAGCGUGAGUAUUAUGUAGAGCAUGUAGAGCGCUAUUCAGCUCGUUGGAGGCGCAAGGAGACCUAAUCUAUACUGGAUUAUGUGUAUUUUGUACCCAUCGGUGGUCUUGUCGAGUAGCGACGGAACAGCAGAUAAAGAAAACUGUUUGGAGACUAUUCAACGAGGACGAGACGCAUUGCUAAAGUUCCAGGCCUUACGGGCAAGAUCGAAGGCUUCGACGAAGCUCAAAGUAGUCCCGACUCCCAGGAUCGCUCUAGGGACAAUUCCAGUGAUCAACACAGCGCCAAUUCCAGCUCCUAUAGACACGUCGAGGCAAUAUGGUGAUAGUUCAGCAGGAAGAGGGAGAAAUGGAGCAGACUAUGCACCGUCAGCGGCAGGUUUCCAACCUGCACCAGCAGCGAGCGACGUUGUGGAUUUAACGGGGACGACUCCGUCGUCGCCAUCCCGGGCUAAUACAGGAUACCAGAACAACAGAACAACGAUAUCUGCACGAUCUGCAGUACAACAGACGUCGUUUACAGGGAUGGAUGAUGACACAGACAGUUUAUUUGACGACGUGGACGUGGAUGCUCUGGUUGCGAAUCAUCAGCGAGUACAGCAGCAAAAGCGUCGUGGUGCUCCGCAGGUUCCCUCAUUGUCGAAGGAGAGUUUUGUGUCUCCUCCGUCUACACAGACUAAUGGCUCCCAGGAGACUGCGAGUGCUAUGCUGGCAGAAGACCUGCGUCAGUCAAUUAAACAGACACGAGAGAAUCUCCGCAAAGUUCGCGAGGAAUGUGACGAUGCAUCGCUCGAGGGAGAAGUACCGGAGUUUAUGCAGAAACGUCGUUCAGAGCUGGAACAGGAGCUGGAGGAACUGAGCAGGCGAUACAGGGAGUGUAAAGGAACAACCAAGGCUUCUCCACAAAGUAGGAAUGUGUCUCCGGUACAGAUUCCGCCUCGAGCUGUGCAGACACCUCAAUCCUAUCAAUGUGGAGGCGAUUCCUCUAACAAGAACCCGAUGUGUUCUUGUGGAAUGACAACCGUGGAAGCCCGAGUACAGCACGGAGCAAACGCUAACCGACUUUAUUAUCGAUGCAACACAUGCGGAUUUCAUUCUUGGGUGGACGCAGCGUCAAGUUCUGGAGGCAACAGUGGAGUGCACCAGACUCGUCCACGCGCUAUUGAACAGCCUUGUGUAUCUAGUGAUCCAAGUGUGAAUUCCAAAAUGCAGCGCGCGAAGCGAGUGCUCCGGGAUGUUUUCGGCCAUAACUCGUUUCGACCCAAUCAGGAGCGCACAGUCAUGGAGGCUUUUAGUGGGCGUGAUGUGUUCGUGUUAAUGCCCACUGGAGGUGGAAAAAGUCUCUGCUUUCAGCUACCUGCAUGCAUUGAUGACGGUGUCACCAUCGUCAUUUCUCCGUUGGUCUCGCUGAUUCAAGACCAGGUUCAACAGCUUGAGGCACUGGAUGUGGGUGUUGCGAAUUUGAAAGGUGACCAAGACUACGCUACCGAACAACGGCCUAUUAUUUCGGAGCUCUUUUCCAAUCAAAUAAGGAUCAAGAUGCUGUACGUGACACCAGAGAAGAUUGCCUCAAGCGGCAUGCUCAACAAUCUGUUCGAGUCCCUCGAAAAACGCGGCUUGCUGGCUCGAUUUGUGAUCGACGAAGCUCACUGCAUUAGUCAGUGGGGCCACGAUUUCCGGAAAGACUAUCUGAAUCUGGGGACACUCCGAACAAAGUUCCCAUCUGUUCCGAUUAUGGCUCUAACUGCCACGGCAAAUUCACAAACCGAAGCAGAUAUCGUCAGGAAUCUGAAGUUGAAAAAUCCGUUCAUCACUCGCUCAAGUUUUAAUCGACCAAACUUGACGUACGAUGUACGCAAGAAAACUUCCAAAUUUAUGGCUGAAAUUGCAGAUUUCGUUCGAAAACACAUCGACGAUUCGGGAAUUAUCUACUGUUUGUCGAAAAAGGAUUGCGAGCAAACAGCAGAAAAACUGAUUAAGGCCUUGGGGUUUGAACACACGCGAAAAGCAAGCCAAAUUUCGUUUUACCACGCGGGGUUGGAAGCGGCAGACCGCGCUUAUCGUCACCACGAAUGGAGCAAAGGCAAAAUCAAGCUGAUUUGCGCCACCGUAGCCUUUGGAAUGGGAAUCAACAAGCCUGAUGUCCGCUACGUUAUCCAUCACACCAUACCCCAGUCUGUGACGCAUUACUACCAGGAAGCAGGUCGAGCUGGACGAGAUGGAGAAGUGGCGAACUGUAUUCUCUACUAUUCCUUCUUGGAUCUGACUCGACGACGCAAGCUGAUAACGAAGGAUCGCGAGAAUAUGCAGCAUCGCAAUGUGCAUCUGCAAAACCUUCGCCGCAUGACUGAAUUUUGCGAAAAUCAAGUUGAAUGCCGCCGAACAUCCCUUCUCGAGUAUUUUGGAGAGCACUUUUCGAGUGAACAAUGCCACGGAACGUGUGAUAACUGUAAGAACAAGGUGCUGGGUAUUUCGUUCGAGAAGUCUGACGUGACUGAAGACUGCGUAGCCCUCGCUGAGAUGAUAAAAGCCCUACAAGCGAAUGGUGAUCCGGCGACGCUGGUGCAAAUUGCCCAAAUAUUUCUUGGCAUGGUAGUCAAGGGCAAAGAAUGGAAGCAAGACCAGUUCUCACAACUCGGAGGAUUCGGUAGAGGCAAAGGACGCUACUCUCGCAGUGAAGUGGAGCGCAUUUUGUAUCACAUGAUUCUUCGGCAGUAUCUGCGCGAAGUGGACCAAAGCAAUGCGAAGGGUUUCACGACGACGUUCUUAUCGCUUGGAAUAAAUUCAAACAGACUCAUGCGUGGCGAGCGAGUUCGUAUCGUUUGCAAGACGAAAUACCAGUCGCGUGCAUCUGCCAGCGAUAGUGCACCAGAAGAGAGCACUAAAACCUCAAAGAAAAAGGCCCAAAAGAAAACUAUUGCAAGCAAAAAGACGAAGAAACCUAGUAAAACUAUUAAGAAGAAAAAGGCGAGCGCGAAGAACGUGGUUGAGGAACUGAGCGAUGGCUACGAUGACGAUGUCGUGGAGGUGGCCCCGCCUUCGGCGACUACAACGGAAUACCCGCUCAUCCCUGAGCGCAUUUCUUCAAGAAGAAUUCCUGAAGACCACGCCGAAACACUAGCCCAGAUAUUAAAGGAUUGGCGUGCCAGCGUGUGUGACAGCCAGAACGUCAUGCCUUACCACAUCCUUACGACCGGAGGUAUUGCCUCGAUUGCCAAUUCGGUUCCCGUAUCGAAUGCAGAGCUCCUGGAGAUUGACGGCGUCGGACGCAUUCGCGUGAAGAAGUAUGGUGCAGCGAUCAUUGACAUCGUCAAGACCUACCUCGAAAAGGUCCAGCACUCCAACCUUUUUCGUUCAACCGCUAUGCUUGCUGAAAUUUUCCCACUAACUGCUUUUUUUGCUUCAAUAGAACAACCUAACUCCAUCUCCUGUGCAAGCAUCCCGUUCCAGCAACGUGUUAGACAGCCUGGAAGUGUUGGAUUCCGGUGUCGAGGUAGUCCAAGCGCCUGCAGCGCCCAAGUCGUCCCCAUUUUUCCAAGACAAGACCAAACGCAAGACGUCACUGACGUCUUCGAAAACCGCUAGCCACGCCGUGAUUGAUGAUAAUUUUGACGACAUCGAUUGGGGCGAGUUGGAUGCAGACAUGUUGAACCAGACAAGCUCAAAAGCAGUAACCAAUGGUCGCAAGCGCUCGCUGGACUCAGACACGACGUGGACUGCGAAGAAGCGAAGCAACUGACCCUGUCAUCACUUACAUGAAAACAUAUUUAGUUGCAAAUGUUUUUCUAGGUCUGGUCACAGUAUCGUCGGAUUACAGAACAAUGUUGUCGAUCAGGCGGCACUGGCCGAGUUUGACAGCGACGGAAACGAUAGCCCCCUCCGCCGUAUCCACUGCGGACAUCUCCUGCAUCGUUUGCUUGGAUCCCACAGACACAUACUCGAUGGCAGUCACCAGCGGUUCCCGCUCGUAUUCCUCACGAACAGCAUCACGCAGUGACACUGCAUCGACUAUCGACUUACCAUCCUUCUUUGCCUUCUGAAACAGAUCCUGCGCAUGCACAAGCCCACGGUGUAGUACACUGGCCGCCUUGCGCUCCACAGACGACAAGUACUGGUUACGCGUCGACAGUGCCAGACCGUCGGCUUCACGCACGAUAGGCAUGACCUCAAUCUGUACCGGUAUAUUCAGAUCCGAGACCAUGCGCUUGAUCAGCACGACUUGGGCCGCAUCUUUCUGUCCGAAGAACGCGUGUGUGGGCUGCACAAUGUUGAACAGCUUAGUCACGACCGUAGCGACGCCACGGAAGUGGCCUUUGCGGCAUUGGCCCUCGACCAGAUCGUCAAACCCUUCCGGAUCGACAUAGCAACUGUGGUAGGGCGAGUACAUCUCGUCAGCCGACGGGAAGAAGACCAGAUCCACACCUUGCUCCUUCAAUAGCGCCACGUCCUUCUCAAAUGUCCGUGGAUACUUGGAAUAGUCUUCAUUUGGACCGAAUUGUGCCGGAUUCACGAAGAUGCUGGCAGCCACAAAGUCGCACGAACUGCGCGCCUGCUUUACUAACGACAUGUGACCCUCAUGGAGACCCUGCCAAAAAAAGGUAACAAUAGUAAUUAUCCAUUAGAUAAUAGGAAGAAAAUGGGUAUUAUCCAGGUGCUUAGCUGACAUACCCCCAUGGUGGGUACAAGGCCCAGUGUUGAGUUCGGGGGAAGUGCACGCCGCGCCUGGCGAAAGACAUCGACGGUCUCAAGAAUCUGCAUUUGGCCUAUACUACUGGAGGCGAAGAAGCGACUGCGGAAUGCGGAUUGGGAACGCGGGAGCAAGCGGCGAGCGGCCAACAUGGAGGGAAAUGAUGCAGUGAUCUUUAUCCACUAUCUUCUUAAAAAUGUAGUUGUGUACGAAACGUACAUUGUGUUUGAAACGUAAAUUGUGUGACGAACAUCACAGACGGAUCUUGGAACAUGAAUGCCACUUCAUCGUCCG